UCUUCCCUUCUCCCACUCGCUUCAAAUCCUUUCCUCGGCAUAAUAUACCUUUUCUUCUAAUUCCAUUUAUCGCUGCUUCAUUUAGUUCUGGCCCCCAAUGGUGGACGUCGACCGCAGGAUGGCCGGUCUCAAUCCGGCUCAUAUUGCUGGACUUCGACGCCUCUCCGCCCGCGCCGCAGCUGCUCCCUCUGCCGCCAUCACUCCUUCUCACCCCCCUCGCGCUGGCCUUCUCUCCUUUUCUUCUUUGGCUGAGAAGGUGAUGACCCAUCUGCGCAAAGCCGGCGUAGAGGUGCAAUCGGGGCUUUCCGUCGCCGAGUUCGCUCGAGCCGAGGCCGAGUUUGGGUUCGCUUUCCCACCGGAUCUCAGAGCCGUAUUGUCCGCCGGUUUGCCGGUGGGUCCUGGGUUUCCCGAUUGGCGGUCUUCCGGCGCCAGGCAGCAUCUUAGAGCCACGCUUGAUCUUCCAAUUGCGGCCAUCAGUAUCCAAAUCGCCAAGAAUACGUUCUGGUCCAAGUGUUGGGGUCCGAGGCCCUUAGACCCGGAGAAGGCCAUACGGGUCGCGAGAAAUGCUCUGAAGAGAGCGCCCCUUUUGAUUCCCCUCUUCAAUCAUUGCUACAUUCCCUGCAACCCCUCCCUGGCGGGGAACCCGAUAUUCUCAGUCGACGAGAAUCGGAUCUCCUUUUGCGGUUUAGAUCUAUCCGAUUUCUUCGAGCGGGAAUUCCUAUUUCGGAGCUCCGAAUCUGAUACCCACCUUCUCAAAAGGCAUAGGUCCAUCAGCGAAAAAUCCGCCGCCUCCUCGUCUAACUUCUUGCGACGGAGCCUAGACACCGGAGCAAGAACACCGAGGUGGGUGGAGUUCUGGAGCGACGCCGUGGUGGAUCGCCGCCGGAGAAACUCAUCUUCGUCGACAUCUUCCUCACCGGAUAGGGUGUUCGAGAUGCCGAGGUCAGGGAUUCCGAAAUGGGUAAACGAAUACAUCGAAGAAAUGGGAUCGACUUUGAGGGAAGGAGGUUGGAGCGAAACGGACAUUUCGGAGAUGGUACAGGUCUCAGCGUCCGGAUUCUUGGAAGGAGCGAUGUUAUUAGUGGACAACCAGGCGGUUCUAGACGCUCUGCUUCUGAAAACAGAUCGGUUUUCGGACGUUCUCCGUAAAGCCGGAUGGAGCUCGGAGGAAGUGUCGUACGCGCUGGGGUUCGAGCAUCGAGCCGAAAAGGAACGAAAACCCGCAAAGAAGCUCUCCCCAGAACUGGUGGAAAGAAUAGGGAAGCUGGCGGAGUCGGUUACUCGGGCAUAGGACGGCCAUCCCAACCCCCAUCUGCCCAGAUUCCUGAUUGUGUUUGUUUUUUAAAAUUUCAAGGUCUCGGGUUUGCAUUUUUUAUUCUCCCUUCCAGUCAUUACUAUUAUUUCUUUACAUAUAUCAUAUAAUACACAUAUAAAAUCAUGGCAUUAGGGAAAAGGAAAAACAACGAAACGGUCAAAGUUACAAACUUACAUUACAUAGUAUCCCGUUCAUGUAUGUAUAUGAAUAAUGAUGAUAAAUGAGAAAAGAAGAUCUAUUCUAUUA